UGGAUGAUCAGCUAAUUUUAAUUUUAGUUGGUUAAAGCCUUAAAAGAUGAUACACAAGACAUAAGAUCAAAUCUCGUCUAUAUCAGCUCUCUAUCCUCGAAAAUUUUGACUGCAAACAUCAAAUACUUUGUAUAAGCUUGUGCCAAGUUUAAAAACUGAAAAUAAACUUGUCCUACUAGAACCAUUUGUGUAUGUAAUGUCAAACCCCACAAAUUUGCUUCAUGUAAUAAGAGAUCUCCUCGCACAAAAAUCACCAAGAAAUGCCCUUCUUCUCUAUUCCCAAUUUCGACGCCAAAAUGUAUGCAAUUUAGAUGUAAUCCCUUUAAUUUUUAAGGCAUGUUCUUGUUUAUCCUUGAAAAACCAUGGGAAAUCUUUACAUGCUGAAUCAGUAAAGUAUGGAGUAGAUUGUGAUGUUAUGGUUGGAACUUCAUUGUUGGGUAUGUACUCAAAAUGUGGGGAAAUAGUUGAUGCACGUAAGGUGUUUGAUAAUAUGCCUCAGAGAAAUGUGAUCACUUGGAAUGCAAUGAUAGCUGGGUACUUGAUUGGUGGGGAUACUACAACUGCAUUGUCAUUGUUUGAAGCUAUGCCGGAGAGGACAGUUGUUACAUGGAAUGAAAUGAUUCGUGGGUUCGCGGUGAUUGGGGAUACGACGAUGGCUAGGGAGUUGUUUGAUCAGGUGAAUGUAGAGAUGAGGACUGUUGUUACUUGGACUAUAAUGGUUGAUGGGUAUGCUAGGAAUGGGAUGAUGGAGGCUGCAAGAGAAGUUUUUGAGGUUAUGCCGAAAAGAAACUGUUUUGUUUGGUCAGUGAUGAUAAAUGGGUAUUGUAAGAUAGGUGAAGUUGAGGAGGCUAAGGCCGUAUUUUAUAGAACUCCUGUUAGGAAUCUGGUGAUUUGGAAUUCAUUAGUAUCUGGGUUGGCACGAAAUGGAUUUUGUGAAGACGCGAUUGAUGCAUACCGUGAAAUGCAAGUGGAUGGGUUUGAGCCUGAUGAAGUGACUGUAACAAGUGUUUUAUCUGCUUGUUCGCAGUUAGGUUGUUUGGAUGUCGGUAAAGAGGUCCAUUCGAGUAUCUGUGAGAACGGGAUUAAGUUUAAUCAGUUUGUUCUUAAUGGUUUGGUGGACAUGUAUGCAAAAUGUGGAGAUUUGAAUACUGCAAGGUCGAUUUUUGAAGGGAUGCGUCAAAGGAAUGGGACUUGUUGGAAUUCUAUGAUCACCGGGUUUGCUAUUCAUGGAUUAUGUCAGGAGGCUGUUGAAUUCUUUUAUCAGAUGGAAACUGAAAGUGUUAAGCCAGAUGAGAUAUCUUUUCUUUCUGUUCUUUCAGCUUGUGCUCAUGGAGGACUGGUGCAAGAAGGUUUAAACAUAUUCUCGAAGAUGGAAAAGUACAGAGUAAAAGCAGGUGUUAAGCACUAUGGUUGCAUUAUCGAUCUGCUGGGAAGAAGGGGGAGGUUAAAAGAAGCAUUUGAUCUGGUUAAGAGCAUGCCGAUGAGACCAAAUGAUACAAUUUGGGGAACUCUACUAGGAGCUUGUCGAGUGCAUUCAGAGGGCACUUUGGCUGAGGAGGCACUCGAAGAUAUUAUUCACAUGGAUUCUAGAAACAGUUCACAUUAUGUUCUCCUAUCCAAUAUUUAUGCUGAUUCAGAUCUAUGGGAUAAGGCCGAGAAAAUAAGGACAGACAUGAUUGACAAAGGAAUAGAAAAGAUUUCUGCAUCUAGUUCAUGCAUGUUUGGCAGUAGAAACAGCAACUUUUAACUUGCGAGUCCUGUCAUCUGUCUAUAAGACUAUAAUACAUUAAUUAUAGGGGCAAAAAUGAUCUUUCUAUCAAAUUUCUGAAGG